AUGCAAAGCAGCGCUCGCAGCGCCGAUGGGGAGGAAGCUGCACGGAAGAGAUCUGUAGCGCAGUGGGAGUUGCGCCAGCUUUUGUGGGAAAGAGGAGUGUCAGAGGGUGUUCCCCUAGCUUUCGAAGCUCUGCAAGCUCGAAGCGAAGUGCAGGAAGUGUCAAGCUUGUCCCAGUCAUGCUCCAGCUCAAAGUCCAGCUCCGGCUCAGAGUACAUUGUGAUCUUGGGCGUACCGGUCAAUCCGGACGGAUCGAUCGGUGCUUCACUCCGCUCUCGCAUAGAUCGCAGCAUCGCCCUCUCGCGGGCGCACCCAUGCAGCACGCUGAUCCCGACCGGAUCAGCCGUGGCCAAUGCGCACGGCGAAGCGCUCAGCAUAGCUCAAGAGUUGUUCCGCGCAGGAGUGCCGAAAGAAAAAGUCGUGUGCGAAAGAAAUGCGAGGACGACGUUGGACAACGCAGCUUUUGUUUGGAUCCUCCUGUCCGAAAUGGAAGGAUUUGCCGAGGAGCAUCGCAGUGCGAGGAUCGAUCGGCAUUCGACAUCAUCGCCAACAUGGAAGAACAGCAAAGUACAGGAGAAGAAGUUGUUGGAAAGCUUGACCGUUGUUGCGGAACCUUACCACGCCAUGAGAUCCUUGAGGAUCUUUUGCCUCUUGAACCGAGCCAAACCUAUAUUUCAGAGCGUGAGGAUAAAGCCCAGCGAAAGGGUGCCUCUGCUAGACAGCGGUCCAAGAACCGAGCUGGAGAGAUGCAUCGAGGAGAAGCGCAGGGUGUGGGCCGGCUGGUGA